CUACCCUGCAGCUGCCUCAAAGCUAGGUUCGACCUCAUAAGGCUCAUGACACCCCGCCAUCUUUGACUACUCUCUGCUUCUGAGUUUCACUGGUAGCUGGCGGCUGACUUGACAAGAUCUAUGAGUUAACCUGAACUAGAUAUUGGGCGACAAUGGGCAGAAGUCUCUCCGUCCAAGUCUCUAUUCUGAUCCUGUUCUUCCUCCUCAAUCCAGUGAUCUCCCAAACAGUCCUCAAACAACAAGUCUUGAACACAUUCAUCUAUACUCGAUAUGGCGACAGAACUCCGGUGGUUCUGUCCUCGUCGCCCACUUUGACUCCUCUCGGCGCCCAGCAGCUUUUCGAAGCUGGUACUAAAAUCCGCGAUAGGUACGUGGCACCUAGCGAUGGCAACUACACAUCAACCUCCACCAUAUAUGGCGUAUCUGCAAAUCAGCUAGUGUACAACCAGAUCAAGACUUUGUCUACCAGCGAUCAAUAUGUGGCUGCCUCUGCUCUCGCAUUCCUUCAGGGACUGUAUCCUCCUCUUGAAAUGUCCACAAAUUGGACCUAUAUCGAAGGCCAGAGCACUCUUGCGAAUGGAACGAACCUCGUGGCACCAUUGAAUGGCUACCAAUACCCUGAAAUCACCACAAUAUCGAGUAAUGAUCUGAAUUCCAUCUGGGUCAGUGGCAUGGACAACUGUCCUUCCUAUACUGCCUCGACUCAGGAGUACUAUCGAACCAUUGAUUAUCAGAGCAUUUUGAACACUACCAUGGAUUUCUACACAAGCCUUGAGCCAGAAUUCUUGGAUGGAGUUUUCUCCAGCGCUGCGGUCGGCUACUACGAUGCCUACUAUAUCUAUGACUAUCUCAAUUAUGCCUACAUCCACAACGACACGGUAGCGGAAUCACUACGACCGGAGGACCUGACAAAGGCCAAAAUCCUGGCGGCUGAUUGGGUCUUCGCAAUGAAUGCCGACCUCACGGCAUCUGGUUCGACGGCAGGAGAUCGCAUUCGAGCGAUUGCCGGAAGAACGCUGGCCACCCGCCUCCUCAUAGCGUUCGACACAGCCAUCAACACGCAAGGGCAAUCGGAGAAAAUGACCCUUCUUUUUGGCAGUUUCGAACCCAUGAUAUCCUUUGCCGCUUUGACCAAGUUGGUUUCGCAGCAAAAUGCGGCAUUCUACAACGUCCCAGCGCCCGGAUCAAGUUUCAUCUUUGAAAUGUUUUCGAUGCAAGCUGACGAGACUACAACCUGGCCCAACACGUCCGACAUCUACGUCAGGUUUCUCUAUCAAAAUGGUACAGACUCUGAUUCCUCCUUGAUAGAAUAUCCUCUCUUUGGGCUCAGUCCAAGUGAGGCCGCAGUUCCUUUCACAGAUUUUGUCAGGAGCCUGGAGGAAUUCUUGAUGUUCGAUGUAGGGGAUUGGUGUACGACGUGCGGUAGCUUCAGCGUCUUCUGUCCCGCCUUUACUGACACGGAUGGCAACUACAAUCCCACAACGGGUCUGCUGCCUUCGGGACAUAAAGGGCUAUCUCCGGUUGUUGCGGGCGUGAUUGGAGCCGUCGUCACUCUUGCGGUCGCUCUACUACUUUUUGCUGCGCUAAUGCUCUUGGCCGGUAUCAGAGUACACCGCGUUCAUACCAGGCGCAGGUCGGAACUGGCAGGGUUCAAGGGAGGAGCAAAGUUGGCAAGCGAUCAGGAUCUUACGAUACCUAAGGGUGGCGCAGGCGCCGUUGUUGUGGCGGCUGCAGAGGGAGACCCAGUCCAGACUCGAGCUCACGAAAGAGUCGGAAGUUGGGAAUUGAGAGAUCAGGCCAAAGCAAAAGAAGCGCAAGGUGGAGUACUAAAUGCUGGUGUUACUCGAUCACCACGCCCGAGCUAUGAAGACGACGACCUGCCUAUCACUCCAUAUACGCCUGCAGUUGAUCCACGCAAUCACGUCUAAAAAGAACAUGGAAACGAGGAAUUACGACGAGCUACUAAUGCUAAUGAAGUCAAAGCGAUACAUGAGGUUCUUUUCUGCUAUACCCCGGACUUAGCGACUCCCCUAUAUACCUGACCAGAGUCGGUGUUGAACAUCACCAGAAUGGAAGUUUUUUCUGAAUA